AGAACUGAUGGAAAAAUCCAAAAAUUUCCGGAUCGAUGCUCUUCUAGCAGUCGACCCCCCGAAAGCUGCUUCGGCACAGACUUCUCCGCUGGCUCUGGUCACGUCUCUCUCCGCCUCGGCGGCCACAUCUGGCAAUAGCAGCAGCAGCGGGGGAAGCAGCAGCGGCGGCGGCGGCAGCAGCAGCAGCAGCAGCAGCUGCAGCCCCCCUUCCUCUGAGCACCACACCGGCAGCUCGGACUGCCUGAGGACGGAGAGCCCGUCCCCGCCUCGGAUCCUCGCCGCCCACUGCGGGCUGGUGCCCAAGCCAGGUUUUCUGAGCAGCGGCAGCGGCGCCGCUGGCCAUCACCACCACCACCCUAGUGCCGCGGCUGCCGCCGCUGCAGCGGCCGCAGCCGGAGGGAUGGCCCUGGGGUUGCACCCAGCGCAGGGCGGAGCGGGGAUCCCCACCCAAGCGGCUCUCUACGGUCAUCCCAUGUACAGCUACUCGGCCGCGGCGCUGGCCGGCCAGCACCCGGCUCUGUCUUACUCCUACUCCCAGGUGCAAGGGGCCCACCCCACCCACCCCGCAGAUCCCAUCAAACUCAGCGCCGGCACCUUCCAGCUCGACCAGUGGCUCAGGGCGUCCACUGCGGGCAUGAUCUUGCCCAAAAUGCCCGAUUUUAACUGUGAGUAUCCAAGAGCACAGUCUAACCUUCUGGGGAAAUGCCGGCGGCCCAGAACUGCCUUCACCAGCCAGCAACUGCUGGAACUGGAACACCAAUUCAAGCUCAACAAAUAUCUAUCCCGUCCCAAGCGCUUCGAAGUGGCCACGUCGCUGAUGCUCACUGAGACCCAGGUGAAAAUCUGGUUCCAGAACAGGAGGAUGAAAUGGAAACGGAGCAAAAAAGCCAAGGAACAGGCGGCGCAGGAGGCUGAGAAGCAGAAGGGAGGGGCGGGGAAAGGUGGAGGAGCAGAGGAAAAGGAAGAAGACCUGCUGCUUCCCUCAGAUAAGAGCAGCAGCCGCCGCCUGCGGGACUUGAGGGACAGUGACCCAGAGGAGGAAGAGGACGAUGACGAUGAGGAGGAAAGUCAUUUCUCCUACAAGAACAGUAAUGCGGCCCACUCCUCGGAUUGCUCCUCUGAGGACGACUCUCCGCACACAAGACCCGCAGGACCGGGGCAUCAGCCCCCAUCCCAGUGAAGAGGCCCCUCGGCCUGCUGGGGAGGGGAAGUAGGAGAGAAGGAGCUGACUUCAAUCUCCCAAUUCCCCUAUCCCACAGAGCGUCCUCCUCCGACUUCAUUUGAACCUGGCCAUAUCAGGGACUUGGAAAGCUGAUGCACUCCUUGCAAUCAGCAACCUGCAACCUUGAUUUUUUUUUUUCCGACCAGAAGGGGACGGGAGAGUAGGGGAGGGGGAAAGGAAGGAUUGUUCUUUCCUUGACUGCCUGCCUCAUCCCUGCUUCCCAGUCCUCACCUCCACUUUCUAUCUCCUCGCCUUCCCUCGAGCUUUCCCCGGGGGAUAGUAGCCCAGAGUUGGCUUGCAGGGGAAUUGGUAAAUCCAGCUUCUGCCAUUGACAGAUGGAUGAAGAUCUGGGGACUCCCCAACAUUAUACCCCCAGAACCUGAAAAUCCGGGCAAUUUUGGUCAGUUCCGGCUACAGAGCUUCUGCUGCUGUUGAAAUGAAUGAAAGAAGGAAACCCAGGGGAAUGUUCAAACUUGAAUCUUUUUGUUUUUUCCUUUGGCUUUUAUUUAAUUUUGUUGUGGUGGUUGAGUAAGUGGGGGGUAGGAGUGAGAUGUUGAGGGGGGUCCCAUAAUGCAUCAGAGACCCUCUCAUCUCUCCACCUAGUAGAGAAAACUUACCACACAGUGUUAAGUGACAUUUAAAACUUGAACCGUGGAACCGCUGUUCUUUUGCUGAGUAUUGAAAAAUGUUUUGUGCUUAUUAUGUAUCAUGAGAGGAAAAAAAAAAACUUUAUGUCAUGAACGUUCAAACUGCUGGAAAUCUCAAGACUGUACUGUCUUUAUUUUUGUAUAUUGUAUUUAUAAAAAAAGAUACCUCUACUUAUGCAUGCUAAAUUAUUAUUUAGCUCCUCCCAUCGUCCAUGAUGGAAUGUAAAAUAAAUUGGUUUUAUACUAGA